UCCUGUAGUAACACUGGAUCAAUAAGAGAUGAUCCUUACUGGACCUCUAGGAAGAACAGUUUAGAACUGAUAGAGCUAUCCAGUAUAAAAGUGUAUGAAUUAAUUGUAGACCAAGUGCAGUUGAUAUUGACAAAGCUCAGAAGAUGGCAGUACUAGAAAGAUUGGAUUACGCUUUCAACGUGGCAGAGCAGGAAUUUCAAGUCCAUCGCUUAUUGGAUCCUACAGGUAUGAGUCGAUAUUCUCAAGCUUUGCCAAAUGAGAAAAUGUUGUGUAAACUUGUUUCCCGAAGGUAGCAAAACCAGGAAACAUCGUUUCAACAAGUCAUUUACUUUUAUUGUAUAAAUUUUAUUAUUCCAGACGUUGAGCAAGGGAAUGUUGACAAGAAAGGAAUGCUGAUGUAUUUGUCUGCAUUAUAUGAAGUAUUACGUAACCUUGAACCCGCGGUUGUUGACACCACAUCAGAGGAAGUGAGCGAGGGACCUGGUGAAGAGGGAAUUGUGAAAACAACUACGUCCUUUGUAGUAGAGGUACGAGGGUAAACUGUGAUGUAGAACAAGAAAGAAUAAACUAUUAGUAGUCAUCAUAUCUAUUGAUAUCCAUUGAUCAGAAUGUUCCAUUGUCUUUUCAUUGUUUUGAAAAUCUCACUGUUCUCCAUGCCAUCCAGUCAUGAUCCAGUGAUCAGAAUAUGUUCCAUUGUCUUUUCAUUGUUUUAAAAAUCUCACUGUUCUCCAUGCCAUCCAGUCAUGAUCCAGUGAUCAGAAUGUUCCAUUGUCUUUUCAUUGUUUUGAAAAUCCCACUGUUCUCCAUGCCAUGCAUCCAGUGAUCAGAAUGUUCCAUUGCCUUUUCAUUGUUUUGAAAAUCUCACUGUUCUUCAUGCCAUCCAGUCAUGAUCCAGUUAUCAGAAUGUUCCAUUGUCCUUUCAUUGUUUUGAAAAUCUCACUGUUCUCAAUGCCAUCCAGUCAUGAUCCAGUGAUCAGAAUGUCGCAUUGUCUUUUCAUUGUUUUGAAAAUCUCACUGUUCUCAAUGCCAUCCAGUCAUGAUCCAGUGAUCAGAAUGUUUCAUUGUCUUUUCAUUGUUUUGAAAAUCUCCAUGUCAUCCAGUCAUGAUCCAGGGAUCAGAAUGUUCCAUUCUCUUUUCAUUGUUUUGAAAAUCUAAUUGAAAUCCUUAUUCCUCCAUCAUGUUUUCUAGAGUGGGCCUGGUUCUAACACGUUACGUAUUGGCAAUGAAGUCAUCGACAUUACUACAGUAUCAACCAAUGAGAUUGUCUUACAAUACAAGACUAUAUAUUAUACAGUAUUGUACACGAUCAAGGGAUUGGAAAAGAGGAUUGAGAAAAUAAGAAAUGAGGAGCCAAGCCAAGAGAAUGCAAAGACUUUACGGGUGAGUGGGGGACACGAGUGUCGUUCGUGUGAAAAUAUAGAAGUUGUUACAAGACUGUGGCAGAUUUGCUACAAAAUUGUUUAAGUUCAGGUUGUGUUCACAGUACUUGUUCCCAGCUUGCUACAAGGUUGAUGACCCAACAUGUUUACUACAAGGUUCAUAACUCAACUGACUGUUGUAUUUCUUUAUUUUUAUUUCAGGAAAUUCAGCAAGAAAUGCAAGAACUCCAGGGGAAGAUCAAGGAACUAAAUGUAACAAACAAAGAGAUGGCCAAGGCUGAGGGUGUUGAUCGCCAGGAAUUCUCAGAUAUCCAAAGAGAGUUAGGACAACUCAGUAGUCGGUGGUCUACGUUGAUACAACAGAAUAAUGAAGAGAAUAAGAGGCAAGCAAUGUUUAAAUGUUAGAAGGGGACAUGGAAAAAUGUCUGAAUUAGAGAAGUGCCCGAAUUAGAGAGGUGUCCGAAUUGGAGAGAUGGCCGAAUUAGAGAGGUGUCCGAAUUAGAGAGGUGUCCGAAUUGGAGAGAUGGCCGAAUUAGAGAGGUUCUUGAAUUAGAGAGGUGUCCGAAUUAGAGAGAUGUCCGAGUUAGUUAGAGAGGUGUCCGAAUUAGAGAAGUGUCCGAAUUAGAGAGGUGCCCAAAUGAGAGAGGUGUCCGAAUUAGAGAGGUGUCCGAGUUAGAGAGGUGUCCGAAUUAGAGAAGUGUCCGAAUUAGAGAGGUGCCCAAAUGAGAGAGGUGCCCAAAUUAGAGAGGUGUCCGAAUUAGAGAGGUGUCCGAGUUAGAGAAGUGUCCGAAUUAGAGAAGUGUCCGAAUUAGAGAGGUGUCCGAAUUAGAGAGGUGUCCGAAUUAGAGAGGUGUCCGAAUUAGAGAGGUGGCCGAAUUGGAGAGAUGGCCGAAUUGGAGAGAUGGCCGAAUUGGAGAGAUGGCCGAAUUAGAGAGGUGUCGGAAUUGGAGAGAUGGCCGAAUUGGAGAGAUGGCCGAAUUAGAGAGGUUCUCGAAUUAGAGAGGUGUCCGAAUUAGAGAGAUGUCCGAGUUAGUUAGAGAGGUGUCCGAAUUAGAGAAGUGUCCGAAUUAGAGAGGUGCCCAAAUGAGAGAGGUGUCCGAGUUAGAGAGGUGUCCGAGUUAGAGAGGUGUCUGAAUUAGAGAAGUGUCCGAAUUAGAGAGGUGCCCAAAUUAGAGAGGUGCCCGAAUUAGAGAGAUGUCCGAAUUAGAGAAGUGUCCGAAUUAGAGAGGUGUCCGAAUUAGAGAGAUGUCCGAAUUAGAGAAGUGUCCGAAUUAGAGAGGUGCCCGAAUUAGAGAGAUGUCCGAAUUAGAGAAGUGUCCGAAUUAGAGAGGUAUCCGAAUUAGAGAGGUGCCCGAAUUAGAGAGAUGUCCGAAUUAGAGAAUUGUCCGAAUUAGAGAGGUGCCCAAAUUAGAGAGGUGCCCGAAUUAGAGAGAUGUCCGAAUUAGAGAAGUGUCCGAAUUAGAGAGGUGUCCGAAUUAGAGAGAUGUCCGAAUUAGAGAGGUGGUGUUCUCUACCCUUGGCAGAUGGACGUGGCCCCAAUGGAAUAGUGGUGAUGAAUAUUUAGUUUUCGAAACUAUUUUGACAUUGUUUCUUUCACAGACAACCUGCCAUCAUGAGAGAAGUAAGAACCACAAAGACUGUCCAUGUAUGUUUUAAAUUGAUUGUAAAAGUUUGAUUAACUAAAAUCUACUACGAGAAAACCGUUGUUUAUUCUACUGAUAAUCUCUAUUUCUAGACCGCUCGUCUGACUAUUGGAGAUGUAGUGAUGGAAAUUACAACAGUUUCAACAAAUGAGAUUGUGAUAAAAUACAAGAUUAUUUAUUAUCAAAUCAUCACCAUUAUUAAACUGAUUGAAUCCAACAUGAAAGUUAUCAAUGAAGAGGAACCAAGUCAGGAAACUGCAAGACUUCUUGAUGUGAGUGAAAUAUAUUCACCCUAGAUACUGUAGGUCUAUCCCCUGCAUAUCAGUUCUAAAUUGAUCCAGUGUUACCACAGAAGGAAACCUAAAGUAAACUAACUUUAUUUAUACUGGAUAGCUCUAUCAGUUCUAAACUGUUCUUCCUAGACGUCCAGUAAAGAUCAUCUCUUAUUGAUCCAGUGUUACUACAGGAGGAAACCUAAACUGAACUAACUUUAUUUAUACUGGUUUUACAUUGAUCAUUCCUCCAGGAAAACAAGCAGAGAAUGGAACAACUGCAACCAAAGAUCACAGAGUUAAAUGAACUGAUGUCACAAAUGAAAGAUGCUGACGGUGUUGAUCAAGAUGAAUUAUUUCAACUGCAGUCUGAACUCAAGGACUUUGACUCUAGCUUGACUACAGUGACAGAACAGAUUACUGAAGAGGAAAAAAGGUGGGCUCUUUGCACACAAAAUGUUAGCUAAGAUAAGUCAAAACAUUGCGUGACUGGAUGGCAUGGAGAACAGUUUGAUAUUCACAACAAUGAAAAGACAAUGAAACAUUCUGAUCACUGGAUCAUGACUGCAUGGCAUGAAGUACAGUGGGAUCCAGUGUUUGACAGGGAAUAAAAUACCAUUGAAAAUCUCGUUACUCGGAGUGGUUAAAAUUAGAAUUACAAAAGAUUGUAUUAUUUUGAACCAACAACAUGUUAGUUAAUCGACCUAUUUAUGCACACAAGAAUCUUCCUUGUUGAGUAAUGAAGCACAACUAGUUUACUGGCUUUAACUGUAUACAUACAGGGUUAUAGGGGGUAUUCAAAGGUGGACAGUGUCUGUAUAAUGUGGUAGCAUCAAAUAACUUUUCCAUGAUUUUUUUAUUAGACAACCAGCACCAGCUACAGAGACUGUGUACAGAACUACCACUGAAAUAGUCGAGGUAAGUGUUCAGUUUGAAAUUAGACAUAAUUCAAUAAUACCCUACUAUGUUGAGAGGUGUUUACUUCAGCUCUACACCAAGGUUGUUGUAAAAACGGGGCAGAGAAUGGACCAUUUGCAUUAUAGACUAAAUUUUGAUCUAAACAAGUCUAGACAAAAAUUUCAUCACUGCUUGAAAGAGCAUCACAAAAUUAGUAAUAUUCCAAAGUUUCGUUGCGAAAUGUUGUAAAAUGCGGAUAAUAUAGCCUUGCGAAGUCUGCCGUUUUUCAGUCAUUCGCAUUACGCGGGUAAAUUGACAGCCCAAUACCCUUUGGGGCUGUCAAUUUCCCGUUUGUAAUACAAAAUGACUGAAAAACGGCAAACUUUGCAAGGCUAUAUUAUCCGCAUUUUACAACAUUUCGCAACGAAACUUUGGAAUAUUACUAAUUGUGUGAUGCUCUUUCAAUUGAGCUGUGAUGAAAUUUUUGUCUAGUGUUUGGUGAAACACUCGAAUCACCACAGCUUUCUAAUUCUGAAACUAAUUUCAUUUUAUGCAAUACAGAACGCGCCAACCAGAUCGACAACGUUACGUAUUGGUGCUCAAGUCAUCGACAUUACUACAGUGUCAACCAAUGAGAUUGUCUUACAAUAUAAGACUAUAUAUUAUACAGUACUGUACACGAUCAAGGGAUUGGAAGAAAGGAUGGAGAAAAUAAGAAGUGAAGAGCCAAGCCAAGAGAAUGCAAAGGCUUUACGAGUAAGACUAUAAUGGUGUUAGUCCAGUAGGAUCAUUGCAUUAGUGACCUACACCAAAGUAAACUAACUUUAUUACUUUAUUUAUACUGGAUAGCUCUGUCAGGUUUAAACUGUUCACAAUCAUGAAGGCAUACUGUAUAACUUGCUUACAAUAUUUUAUUUCAGGAAAUCCAGCAAGAAAUACAAGAACUCCAGGGGAAGUUCAAGGAACUGAAUGAAACAAACAAAGAGAUGUUCAAUGCUGAAGGUGUUGAUCGCCAGGAAUUCUCAGAUAUCCAAACAGAAUUAAGACAACUCAGAAGUCAGUGGUCUACGUUGAUAAAACAGAGUAAUGAAGAGAAUAAGAGGUAAGCAAUGUUUAAAUGUUGGAAGGGAACAUGGAAAAAUUUCUGAAUUAGAGAGUUGUUCAAAUAAGAGAGGUGCCCGAAUUAGGGAGGUGUCCGAAUUAGAGAGGUGUCGUUUUCUUCCCUUGGCAGAUGGGCGUGGCUUCCAUUGAAUAGUGGUGAUGAAGAUCUAGUUUUCGAAACUAUUUUGACUUUGUUUCUUUCACAGACAACCUGCCAUCAUGAGAGAAGUAAGAACCACAAAGACUGUUCAUGUAUGUUUUAAAUUGAUUGUAAAAGUUUAGUGGACUAGAAUCUACUAAAAGAAAACAGUUCUUUAUUCUACUGAUAAUCUCUAUUUCUAGACCGCUCGUCUGACUAUUGGAGAUGAAGUGAUAGAAAUUACAACAGUUUCAACAAAUGAGAUUGUGAUAAAAUACAAGAUUGUUUAUUAUCAAAUCAUCACCAUUAUUAAACUGAUUGAAUCCAACAUGAAAAUUAUCAAUGAAGAGGAACCAAGUCAGGAAACUGCAAGACUUCUUGAUGUGAGUGAAAUAUAUUCACCCUGCUUACAGUAUCUGUUAUCCAUAGAGGUCCAGUGAGAGACAUCUCAGUGUUACUACAGGAGGAAACCUAAACUAAACUAACUUUACUUAUACUGGAUAGCUCUAUCAGUUCUAAACUGUUCUCUCUAGAGGUUCAGUAAGGAUCAUUUCCUAUUCAUCCAGUGUUACUACAGGAGGAAACGUAAACUAAACUGACUUUUUUAAUACUUUUUUUACAUUGCUCGUUCCUCCAGGAAAACAAGCAGAGAAUGGAACAACUACAACCAAAGAUCACAGAGUUAAAUGAACUGAUGUCACAAAUGAAAGAUGCUGACGGUGUGGAUCAAGAUGAAUUAUCUCAACUGCAAUCUGAACUCCAGGACUUUGACUCUCGCAUGUCCACAGUGACAGAACAGAUCACUGAAGAGGAGAAAAGGUGAAAUAUUCUGUAGGCUCUUUGCAUAAAUGCUAUGUUAUUUUGAUCAAACAAAAUCUUAGUUAAAUGACCUACUUACGACAAAAGAGUCGUCCUUGAUAAUGUGGCACAACUAGUUACUGCUCUAGGCUUGACUUUAUACAGUAUAUACAGGGGUAUUCAAAAGUUGACAGUAUCUGUAUAAUGUGGUAGCAUGAAAUAACUUUUCCAUGAUUUUUUUUAUCAGACAACCAGCACUAGCUACGGAGACUGUGUAUAGAACUACCACUGAAAUAGUCGAGGUAAGUAUUUGAAACGACAAUGUAGGCAUAAUUCAAUUAUACCUUUAACACCCUACUCUGUUGAGAGGUGUUUACUUCAGAGCUACAGCAAGGUUGUUGUAAAAACAGGGCAGAGAACUGUUCAUGUUUAAAGGAGUAAGGAGAUUAAACUACAUCUCCUCAAUUCCAUCCAUUCACCACGAAAUACAAGACCACUACAUAUAAUGAAAGGAAUAAACAUUAUUUUCUCACUCUGAUAACUGCAGGUUGACCAGCAUCUGCUGCACGAUAGUGUUUAGUGAUACCCUCGAAUCACCACAUCUUUCUAAUUCUGAAACUAUUCUUCAUUUUAUGCAAUACAGAACGCGCCAACCAGAUCGACAACGUUACGUAUUGGUGCUCAAGUCAUCGACAUUACUACAGUGUCAACCAAUGAGAUUGUCUUACAAUAUAAGACUAUAUAUUAUACAGUAUUGUACACAAUCAAGGGAUUGGAAGAAAGGAUGGAGAAAAUAAGAAGUGAAGAGCCAAGCCAAGAGAAUGCAAAGGCUUUACGGGUAAGACUUUAAUAGUGUUAGUCCAGUAAGGAUGAUCGCAUUAGUGACCUACACCAAAGUAAACUAACUUUAUUUAUACUGGAUCUAGCUCUAUCAGUCCUAAGCUGUUCUUCCUAGAGGUCCAGUAAGGAUCAUCUCUUAUUGAUCCAGUGUUACUACAGGAGGAAACCUAAACUAAACUAACUUUAUUUAUACUGGUUAACUCUAUCAGUUUUAAACUGUUCACAAUGAUGAAAGCAUACUGUAUAACUUGCUUACAAUAUUUUCAGGAAAUUCAGCAAGAAAUGCAAGAACUCCAGGGGAAGGUCAAGGAACUGAAUGUAACAAACAAAGAGAUGUCCAAGGCUGAAGGUGUUGAUCGCCAGGAAUUCUCAGAUAUCCAAAGAGAAUUAGGACAACUCAGUAGUCGGUGGUCUACGUUGAUACAACAGAAUAAUGAAGAGAAUAAGAGGUAAGCAUACUUGAAAUGAUUAUUUUAAGAAAAACACGACACCAGGUCGAAGACUCGAAGUCAGAGGCGGGAGAUUUUAUUUUGAUUAUAAUUGGGUUGUACAGUAGAUGAUAAAUGUUUUGGAGUGGGCUGAAUUUUGUAACAACAAUGACAAGACGCUACUCUAGACAAAAAAUAUCAAAAUCAUUGUGUAAUGUUUCCUGGUCAAUUUCAAUGGGUGUGGGCAUUGAGUGUUUCAUUUGUCAUUUUUUAGGCAACCAAAAAUUGUCACUUAUACAACCACAACAACUGUUGUCCCGGUAAGUUAUGACCCCCAAACUUCUUUAAAAUAGUUGUGAAUAGAAAUGAUGACAAUAUGAAUGACGCCUCUCUUCCCAUUUGGCUAGAAGGGCGAAAUUGAAAGACGUGACCUUUUUAUUUGAAUUCUGGGAUUGCAAAAUGAUAGUUUGUUAUCACUUGAACGUACGGUUCUAAUCUUUCACUUAUCUGCGUUUUAAAUAUCUGUAUUUCUUUUCUGAAAAUAUAGAGACAGAAAGCUCGUCUGACUAUUGGAGAUGAAGUGAUAGAAAUUACAUCUGUAUCAACAAAUGAGAUUGUGAUAAAAUACAAGAUUGUUUAUUAUCAAAUCAUCACCAUUAUCAAAAUUAUUGAAUCCAACAUGAAAAUUAUCAAUGAAGAGGAACCAAGUCAGGAAACUGCAAGACUUCUUGAUGUGAGUGAAAUUUAUUUAUACUGGAUAGUUUUUCAGUUCUAAGCUGUUCUUCCUAGACAUCCAGCAAGGAUCAUCUCUUAUUGAUCCAGUGUUACUACAGGUACUUUAUUUAUACUGAUUUACGUUGCUCAUUCCUCCAGGAAAACAAGCAAAGAAUGGAACAACUGCAACCAAAGAUCACAGAGUUAAAUGAACUGAUGUCACAAAUGAAAGAUGCUGAUGAUGUUGAUCAAGAUGAAUUAUCUCAACUGCAAUCUGAACUCAAGGACUUUGACUCCAAGAUGGAUACAUUGAGUGAUGACAUUAGUAAAGAAGAAGAAAGGUAAUUCUUAGUUAUGGCUAUAUUGAUCACGUUACACAAAAAUUAAAACGUCCUUUCUAUAAAAUACAUCUUAUAAAUUAUUUUUCUUCUUGUAUUUCAGACAACCAGAACUUACCAGCAGAACUAUCUAUACAGUUACAACAACUACAGUUCAUGUGAGUACUGUGGACUAUCUUUGUUUUCUAUUCUCUGCCUGUGUAUACUAGUGAGUUAUCUAAGCAUAUGAGUGAUAUGAAGUUGUAAUUUAGGUGCAAACAAACGUGAGCCAACACUACACAACUUUUGCCUAAAACUGUCGCAUGCAACCUGCAUACAACUUGACUUGUACUACGUAAAUCAAGUACACAACUCGCUUACAUCGUCAUAGGUGAGUUGUGUGCUUGAUUUACACAGAGCAACUCAAGUUGUAAGCAGGUUGCAUGCGACAGUUUUAGGCAAAAUUUGUGUAGUCUAAAUCAGCCUUUACGAAAAAUGUUCAUACCUUGAUUAUUAUUCGCUAAAAAGUUGGCACGUUGUUGAACUUGAAAGGAUCGUAGAAUAGUAAUUUUGAUGCGUCUUUUUCUCAUCCAGGGAGGGCGCACUGCUCAACUACGUGAUGGAGAUAAAAGUAUUGAAUUUAAAACUGUUUCAACCAACGAGAUUGUCAUGCGGUAUAAGAUUCUCUAUUAUGAAAUCAUCACCAUUAUUGAACUGAUCGAAUAUAACACAAAGACGAUCAAGGGACAGAAACCAAGCCCGGAAACAGCGCGACUCCUUGAGGUAUAUGCAUUUAGGAAUGUUUUUUUUUUGUUUCUCUGUUUAUUUGCUUGUUUUUUGUUUUGUUUGUUUCUGUUUGUUUGCUUGCUGACGCCUUAACCUUCGCUGUUUAUGUUGCAGGAAAACAAGCAAAGAAUGGAACAACUGCAACCAAAGAUCACAGAGUUAAAUGAACUGAUGUCACAAAUGAAAGAUGCUGAUGGUGUGGAUCAAGAUGAAUUAUCUCAACUGCAAUCUGAACUCAAGGACUUUGACUCUAGGAAAGAGUUUGUGAAUGAUGAUAUUAGUAAAGAAGAAAAACGGUAAGAUACGUGGAAAUUUUUUAUCUCUAUUGCUGGAGAUGUAGUUUAACGAUCUUGCUUUCUUAUCGCUGUCAACUACUGUAAUAAACCAUUCACUUCAUUCUUAUGAUAAUAUCUGCUAAAUUAUUUGCUCACUUGAAAACUGUUUUAAAUUUCUUAGACAACCGCCCAUUGAAGGUGAAGUGAUUUCCAAGACAACAACAACAACAGUUCAGGUAACAGCAUUUACCUUUAGUAAAUUUAGUUUGAGUCUUCUUUCUGCUACUGUAUAUCUUAAACAGUAGAGCCUUGCAUUUGCGAAGACUGCUUCCAAAUUGGCACAGGUAGUAACACUGGAUCAAUAAGAGAUGAUCCUUACUGGACCUCUAGGGAGAACAGUUUAGAACUGAUAGAGCUAUCCAGUAUAAAUGAAGUUAGUUUAGUUUAGGUUUCCUCCUGUAGUAACACUGGAUCAAUAAGAGAUGAUCCUUACUGGACCUCUAGGAGAACAGUUUAGAACUGAUAGAGCUAUCCAGUAUAAAUAAAGUUAGUUUAGUGUAGGUUUCCUUCUGUAGUAACACUGGAUCAAUAAGAGAUGAUCCUUACUGGACUUCUAGGAAGAACAGUUUAGAACUGAUAGAGCUAUCCAGUAUAAAUAAAGUUAGUUUAGUUUAGGUUUCCUUCUGUAGUAACACUGGAUCAAUAAGAGAUGAUCCUUACUGGACCUCUAGGAAGAACAGUGUAGAACUGAUAGAGCUAUCCAGUAUAAAUAAAGUUAGUUUACUUUGGUGUACAUAGAUCAGUAAUGUGAUGAUCCUUACUGGACUAACACUAUUAUUACCCGUAAAGCUCUAGCAUUCUCUUGGCUUGGCUCUUCACUUCUUAAUUUCUCCAUUUUGUUUGUUUCUCAGAGUGCUCCUGAGGCUCCAAGCAGACAUGCAACAGUGAAAUAUGGAGACCAUGUGUAUGAAAUCACGAUUGUAUCCACAAACGAGAUUGUUCUUCGUUACAAAAUUCUUUACUAUGAAAUUUUAACACUGAUAAUGAAUUUGGAGAAAAAUAUGGCGCAGAUUAAAGAUUCUCCUCCGAGUAACACAACGGAAGUUAUGUUGAAAGUAAGAGUUUAAUUUUUUCAGCAGGACUAUCCCCCUCCCUGACUUGGCGGUCUUGACCUUUCUUUCUGUUUCUUUGGUAUCCCUGAGGCACAAGAGUGAAAGAAAUUCUCGCUUGUCGACUCUCAUGCAAUUCUUGUUCUCUUUUGAUGAAGCAAUGAAAGUUGAGAAAACUCUCAUGUAGUCUCUCGCUUCUCAACUCUCAUGCAACUAUUGUUCUCUUGUAAUUAAAAUUCUCGUCGACUCUCGCUUUCAUUUGAUCUGUUCACAAGGGAAUGAAUGUGAAAUUCAAUGUAUUUUACAUUGCAGCAAAACAGAGAUGAGAUGGAUGAAAUUCAGACAAAGAUUCGCGAACUUGAACAACUGAGAAAAGACAUGGAUGGCGCUGAUGGAGUUGAUCCAGAGGAAUUGGAAGAUCUGCAGGCUGGCUCGGACGCACUUGACACACGAUGGACGAUUGUGACAGAUGAUGUUGAGGCGGAAGGUCAAAGGUACUACAGGAGCUCUAGGAACACUGGAUCAAUAAGAGAUGAUCUUACUGGACCUCUAGGAAGAACAGUUUAGAACCGAUAGAGCUAUCCAGUAUAAAUAAAGUUAGGUUAGUUUAGGUUGCCUCUUGUAGUAACACUGGAUCAAUAAGAGAUGAUCCUUACUGGACCUCUAGGAAGAACAGUUUAGAACCGAUAGAGCUAUCCAGUAUAAAUAAAGUUAGUUUAGUUUAGGUUUCCUCCUGUAGUAACACUGGAUCAAUAAGAGAUAAUCCUUACUGGACCUCUAGGAAGAACAGUUUAGAACUGAUAGAGCUAUCCAGUAUAAAUAAAGUUAGUUUAGUUUAGGUUUCCUCCUGUAGUAACACUGGAUCAAUAAGAGAUGAUCCUUACUGGACCUCUAGGAAGAACAGUUUAGAACUGAUAGAGCUAUCCAGUAUAAAUAAAGUUAGUUUAGUUUAGGUUUCCUCCUGUAGUAACACUGGAUCAAUAAGAGAUGAUCCUUACUGGACCUCUAGGAAGAACAGUUUAGAACUGAUAGAGCUAUCCAGUAUAAAUAAAGUUAGUUUAGUUUAGGUUUCCUCCUGUAGUAACACUGGAUCAAUAAGAGAUGAUCCUUACUGGACCUCUAGGAAGAACAGUUUAGAACUGAUAGAGCUAUCCAGUAUAAAUAAAGUUAGGUUAGUUUAGGUUGCCUCUUGUAGUAACACUGGAUCAAUAAGAGAUGAUCUUACUGGACCUCUAGGAAGAACAGUUUAGAACUGAUAGAGCUAUCCAGUAUAAAUAAAGUUAGUUUAGUUUAGGUUUCCUCCUGUAGUAACACUGGAUCAAUAAGAGAUGAUCCUUACUGGACCUCUAGGAAGAACAGUUUAGAACUGAUAGAGCUAUCCAGUAUAAAUAAAGUUAGGUUAGUUUAGGUUGCCUCUUGUAGUAACACUGCAACCAAUAAUGGUUGUAGUUUUAAUGCACAACUUGGGGAGCUGUUCAAUACUUCAUAACCUGUAUUGGUUGACUUAAAACUUUUAUGCUUGGAAUAGUUCUUUUAUUUAAAGCUGAGUACCAUAAUUAUCAUGCUAUUAACAAUUUAUUGCAUCAUAUGAUUGUUUUUUUCUUCCAAGGAUAACAAGUGCAUUGGACAGCAGUGGACAACAGAAAGCAUCUCUGGAUGAAUGGCGUAGGAAAUGUGAGACUAUUGGUGAUUGGAUGGACUCUGUUGAGGACAGUGUUGAAGUCCUGGAAACCAGAAAACCAUCCAGUGAUAUAAUAAGCGCAAAAUAUCAAAUGAGCGAAUGUGAUGUAAGUCAUCUAUCAGACAUGUUAAUAGGCAAUCAUAUUCUAUCUAGUUCGAAUGGUUGAUACUUGAAUUAUUAUAUAAGCCAACUCAAAAGAUCGAACCCAGAGCCUUUUUAUUUUCUUAGACUUUGUUAUCUUUUCUGUAUGCCAAGAUUUUCGACUUUGUUUUAUAUACAAAUGUAUUUAAAUGAUGUCACACUACAUAAUGAAUUUAAUAAUAAUGAGUUUGUAGAAAGAAAACGUUUCCUUGUCAAACAUGUGAUAAUUCCACUGACAUUGAAAGUUAUAUACUUUACGAACUAUCAAAGUAUCAUUUCGUCUGCAAAUUUGAGUUAAUGACAAUUUUUUCAAGCUGAAAACAGUCUUCUGUAAAAUAACAUUAUGCAGUUUGACGUCAUUUAAGUCAUAUUGGCAUGCCAGACAAAGUCCAAUAUCUUGAUAUAUACGAAAGAUAACAAAGUCUUAGAUGAACUCUUCAAAUGAACUUUGCAAUUCAAUAAAAAAAAUCUUGCAUAGGCACUUUAAUCCCAGGAGUAUAUUGUUUAUCGCUGACUUGCUCUGGAACUCAUUAUUUUUCCUCAGGCUCUUCAAGAGAAGAUCAAAUCAGACGAAGUGCCAAUCUCGAUAUUCGCAUACGGCGAAGAAGUUCGUAAGGAACCAAGCAUAAAUCCUGAUCAGAAAUCCAAGAUCGGAUUACAAAUGGCCGAGAUGAAGAAGGAGAUUGGAAAACUGUCUGACAGGGCUGGAGGAGCAAAGCACAGGCAAGUAGUUUGUUGAAGAUUAUAAUUUCACCUCGUUUGCCCAUGAGAGAAUGCUUCCAUUUUGGCUCUACCAAAACAAAAUAAAUAUAAGAUUUCCUUCUCUGCAGAUACAAACGAGCAGUUGACAAACUCGAGGCUGAGAGAAAGCAGAAAUUAGCAACGUUAAAGAAAACUUAUCAAGACUUGGAUAAACAGAUUGAUAUUUUGAAAGAUAAGGAUGAUAAGAUUGGAAAAGUCGAAGGAGAUCCAGCAGCCGUUCGAGCCAAAGAAACUCUGAUUGAGGUAAAGUUGUCUUUGAUUAAUAUUUCAUAUACAUUGUGUUAAGCUGAGCAUAAAUAGAAAGCUCAGUAAAGUGUAUAACAGAUCUAGAAUAUAUAUUUUUGUUGCUGACACCAAAAUCCAAAAAUAAAAAUUUCUUAUAUGCAUGUCAAAAAUAAAACUUCCUGCAGAUUUCAGAAAACGGUGACGUAUGCCGAAAACAGACGUAUUUUAAUAGUUACAAACCCUGGUCCUAAGGUAUCUGAGGUUUUUAAGUAAAAAUAUGAAAAUUUCGAGUUUCAGCUUCGAACCAUCUUGGAGUAAACGGCAAAUAUUUGACUCAUCAGGUGGCCAGAAGAAAUUUUUAUCUGUGCUCAAAAUAUCUUUUAAAAGCAAACGUUUUAUCAGAAAUGAUGUGUUAUAUUCAUUGUGUACCCUAAUAGUAAUAAUUAUAUCUAGUAGUAUUAUUUCAGGAUUUUCUUGUUAACGUGUUAUUUCUUGACGUUUGUGAUGUUACUCUGAGUGUAUAUCCACACCGGGCGAGCUUGAAAAAUAUGCCUGACCACGGUGGGAAUCGAACCUACGACCUUUGGAAUACUAGCCCAAUGCUCUGCCAACUGAGCUACGUGGUCAGGUCGGUUGGAGUAUGCGAUAUUUCGGAACCGAGUCUAGUUCCUUCGAUAUCAAUGCAAUCUAAUAAUCAUGAGAGUAACAUCACACAAGCAUCUUAUUCACCUGAGUACAUUUAGCCUGCGAACAGGCUCUCAAGCUGAAUUGAGAGCCUGCAUCGAUGACUAAUGAAUUUGAAUAUCUGCGUCUCAAAUCGUGACGCGAAAUUCUCAUUGGUCAGAUGCUAUAAUUUAUAUGUUUCCGCUGAGCUCUAUAUAUGUCAACUGAAGCACUAUGCAUAAAAAAAACACAUUAACUGAUCAAAUUGGUCUUGGCCGUCUUAUAUCAAGGCACGAAAUGUUUUCUUUUGAGAAAACAGUAUUUAAAACAUUUGAACUUUUGCUUGAAUAUCUUAUAUUUCGGAAAACAGUAUAAAAUGUACGGUCUAAAUUUAGUUUGCACGGUCUAAAUUUAGUUUGCACGAAAGUUGUAAACAACACCAUAUAAGGAUAGACAUUCCAUAUUUGGAAAAAUGAACGUUACGGGGCAGAUAUUCAAAUUCAUUAGUCAUCGAUGCAGGCUCUCAAUUCAGCUUGAGAGCCUGUUCGCAGGCUAGAGUACAUUACACCAACACAGCAAAUAUCGUGUUAUUGUUGUUCUUCUAUAGUUACUUGUAUCCGACAUUCAAGUAUUCCAGCCUCGUUUCGAUGACUUCCGUCAAACCACGUGGGAGGUCUUGGAAGAUCCAACAACGGACCAAUCACAGCGAGAUAACCUCCAGAAGGAAGUGACGUCAUUAGAAGAACGCUGGGGGUUCCUCAUCCGCUCUGUGUAUUCCAGGAGUGAAGCGUAAGUGUGUCAUGUGGAAACAGUUCAUAUAUUAACCUAUAUUAUAUAUUAGCCUGACUAUCAGGCUCUAUUUUUCCCAUCCUUAAAUGCGGGUGGACGGAAGGGGAAAGUGGGCUUGACACUAUUGACUUACUAUCUAUUUAAUGACACUGUUGCUUGUAGAACAAAGAGAGCACAAUCCUUUUUUACCUUUAAAUAUUUUAACUAGAUUAGCAAUAUUAGUUCUGUAUCUAUAUUGUGUAAAUACCUAGAUUUGAUUAAUUUUUAUUGUAAUGUAUUAAGAUCGCUAAUUCAGUUGUUAUAACUGCGAGAGAGGUUUUUUCAUGAACUGCUAUAAACUACCUAAUAAUAAUAAUAAUAAUACAUAAUACAUAAUACAUAAUACAUAAUACAUAAUACAUAAUAAUACAUAAUAAUACAUAAUAAUACAUAAUCCGACUUUUCACUUGGAUUGGUCUAUGAGACAAAAAUUUAGUAGUAUUCGAUUAAUUUAUCAUGAUAUAAAGAUUGAAGAACACUUUCAAUUUUCAAACGUUAUGGGAGAAUUUUAAGGAAUCAUUAUAUCAUACUUCUUUAUCUGUCAUUUGAGAUUGUGAAGUUGUACAGUCAUAUUUUCCAAUAUUUUGUAUGCACUUUUGGGUCCCCGAUACUUUUUCAGAUCUGAUGCAGGAAUGUCAGAUUGUAGCAAAUAACUAUAUGGUUUGAACGUCACAAAAGUGAAAUUCAAACCAGCGUGGUAUCAUCAUUGAUACUAGUUUAAAAAUAUUUCAUUUCUUUUCUCCAGUGCAAAAAGCCUCAUUUCUAGUCUACCUCAAGGUGGUGUCCUGGAAGAACUGAUCAUUGUUGAGAAUCGUCGUCAUGAUUAUAACAUCGACUGGAGAACUCACCACGAUCUGUUUGGAGCGCCUGAAGGGUGAGUGUCUUGUUUCUGCUCGAUCAGCAGGCCUGUAUAGAUUAUUUUGUCGAGGUAGCCAAUCUUUGAACGGAGUUAGGCAUAGGGUCUAGGGGCCACCAAGUACACCAACUCGUAGCCUGGGGCAAGAGUCAAUCCUGAUAUCAAACUGGUGUACGGCAUGCGCCAAGAGCUUUUGAAUUUGGCUCAAUAUCUAUUUUACCCUUAUUUUUUAGACUAUUUUUUGACUUGAUACUCAUUUCCUGCAAGGUUCAGACGAUAGCUACAGUAGCUUCACUCCCUACCUACGGUUUUGGAGUUGAACUGUAACUUCAAAAUUCUUAAUUCGACGUUUUUAAAUAGGAUCUUUUAACAUUUGAAUUUGAAGCUAAUCCCUUGGAAUUUGGAGCUAGUCCAUCGUUGCUCUGUCUCGUUAACCACUCCAGCAUGACGUGACGAACAAAGAUAUUUUCCUACUAAGACAGGAUACUGAUAUAAAUCAAAUCAGAUGAUAUAAAUAUUCAGCCUUAAGAGCUGAAGGAGCAACAACUGAUGUAAAUUUUCGCUUGCCAAACUUGUGCAAUUCUUGUUUUAAUUUGGCCUUUCCAUGACUGAUUGCGAACUCUUCUAAUCUUUUAUAAGCUUUGUUGCUAUUCUCAAUUACGUUAGACCCAGGCUUUAAUAAACACAGGUAUUUCACUCAAUAGAACUAAACAUUGAAGGGUUUUUCUAGAUGGAAAUUUCAAACUGUAAAUCUUUUACAUCAAAAUAUUUAUUUUUCAUGCAGACAUGAUGAAGGUGCUGUUGAUGAGCAGAUCUAUCGUGAACGCCUCAUGACAAGAUGGAAACGAGAAUGUAGAGAAGUUGACGAAGCACUCUCAGAUGUUGAACGCGAGAGUUCGGAACUCGGAGAAAUUCUUGAUGAUCCCAGCAAGUCCGCCAUGAAGAAAGCAAAGAUGGAGGUACGAUUCUUGAACAAUGACGGAAUAUUUAAGCGAAAGGAUGAUUGAUUGCACUAGUAGAAAAAAUUGGGAAGAUGUUGUAAAAUCCUCCUGCAAAUUAUCAACUUUCCGAUUCCGAUCUUUAUUGUCAACAAACCACAACAAAUAUUAUCGCCAUGUAAUUGUACAUUUAUUUUUUUUAUUUAGGUAAUCCACAAUGGUUUGAAAAAGGUUGAGAAAGAGUACAAUGACUUGCCACAAUAUGCCAAGCUACUUUUGGAUGAUCCAAAGUUGACUGAUGAAGACCGUGAGAAGAUUCAAGGUGAUCUUGACUCGUACAAGAUUCGCCAUGAUGAAAUUCUUAACUUUGUCACUGAGAGAGAGGAAACGUAAGUAUUGUAUCAAUUUGUCGAAAAGAGGAAAUACUUAUUCCAAUUACUGAGAUGAGGAAAUGCAUGAACUUGUAGUUAAACUUAUUUGGAGCAAAGUAGACUUCAGACAGGUUUGGAUGGACAUCCUUAUUGGACCUCUUGGGAGGACAGUUUAGAACCCAAGUAUAAAUAAAAUUAGUUUAGGCUUCCUACUGUAGUAACACCCUUGCCUGUCUCCCUCCCCCUCCCCAACAAAAAAUCUACCUAUACGUAAUUAGAUUUGCAUGUAUCAUUUUAAACUUACUGUAUACUAUAUACGUAUUUAGGAUCAAGAAACAAGAACCUCCUAAGUCGACAGUUGUGGUCACGGAGAGUUAUGCGAAGAAAAAGGAAGUCCCUGCAGAUAUCAUUGUGCCAGAAUUGGCAAUUACAGAGGAGAGGUUGGUUUAUCUUGUAUUUUAUUUUUAGUGGUCAAAUUAUACGUAGGUAUCGUCCGACCUCUAGGAAGAACUGUUUAGAACUGAUAGAGCUAUCCAGUAUAAAUAAAAUUAGUUUAGUUUAGGUUUCCUCGUUUAGUGACACUGGAUCAAUAAGAGAUGAUUCUUACUGGACCUCUAGGAAGAACAGUUUAGAACUGACAGAGCUAUCCAAUAUAAAUAAAGUUAGUUUAGUUUGGGUUUCCUCCUAUUACUACACUGGAUCAAUAAGAGAUGAUACUUACUGGACCUCUAGGGAGAACAUUUAGAACUGAUAAAGCUUCCCAGUAUAAAUAAAGUUAGUUUAGUUUAGGUUUCCUCCUGUAGUAAUACUGGAUCAAUAAGAGAUGAUCCUUACUGGACCUCUAGGGAGAACAGUUUAGAACUGACAAAGCUAUCCAGUACAAAUAAAGUUAGUUUAGUUUAGGUUUCCUCCUGUAGUAACACUGGCUCAAUAAGAGAUGAUCCUUACUAGACUGCUAAAAAGAAGAAUUUAUGUCACUUUUAGUUACAGUUAAUUUGAAAGAUGUCUGUGUGCUACUGUGAACUAAGAAAUUACUUUUACAUUUUACUAAUAAUGAACUCUACUAUUCAGCUCUCCAGAUACAUUAUUCAGUGCACCGGAUACGGAUACUUUAAGUAAUUCAGAAGACAUUGAGAGAUGGUGGGGUGAUGAUCGCAACAUUGUAAACUGGAUUGACGAGGCAGAUGAGCAAGUUAGGCAAGUGAACAGCGAACCAGCAGAUCUGAUUACAACACGAAAACAACAUGCAAAUAUCGAGAGAAUUACUCAGGAGAUAGGGCUGUAUGAAACCAAUGUGACUCUGCUUGAAAACAAAGCCAAUGUUAUUGUCAACGAUCCUGUCACAAGGAGUGAAGAUCGUCAAAAUGUUGAGGAUGAAGUGCAAACUGUGAAGAGGAGUUGGGAUAAUUUGAAAGAAAAAGCUUUCAAUGUUGAAAGAAAGUAAGUACUGCCCUAUGUAUCCAUCUCGCAAAUAAUGCUGCUAGUUAAUAAGUUCCAGGUUCCUUAAUAAGCCCAUCAUUCUAAUAAGCUUCCCUCUCUCUCUCUAAUAAGCCUGUCCUUCUCUAAUAAGUCCACAUGUAAGCCUUCAUAUCUCUAAUAAGGCUCUCCCUCUCUAAUAAGCUACCCUCUCUCUAAUAAGCUACCCUCUCUCUAAUAAGCCCCCUCUCUAAUAAGCUACCCUCUCUCUAAUAAGCCCCCUCUCUAAUAAGUCACCCUCUCUCUAAUAAAGCUUCCUUUAAUAAGCCACCGUCUCUCUAAUAAACCACCCUCUCUCUAAUAAACCACCCUCUCUGUAAUAAGCCACCCUCUCUCUAGAUAAUGAGCCCCCUCUCUCUAAUAAAUCACCCUCUCUUUAAUAAUCUACCCUGUCUCUAAUAAGCUCACCUCUCUAAUAAGCCCACCUCUCUAAUAAGCCCACCUCUCUCUAAUAAGCCUCCCUCUCUCUAAUAAGCCUCCCUCUUUCUAAUAAACAUGCCUCUCUCUAAUAAGCCCACCUCUCCAAUAAGCCCACCUCUCCAAUAAGCCCACCUCUCUAAUAAGCCCACCUCUCUAAUAAGCCCACCUCUCUAAUAAGCCCACCUCUCUAAUACGCCCACCUUUCUAAUAAGCCCACCUCUCUAAUAAGCCCACCUCUCUCUAAUAAACCCACCUCUCUAAUAAGCCCACCUCUGUAAUACGCCCACCUUUCUAAUAAGCCCUCCUCUCUCGAAUAAGCCCACCUCUCUCUAAUAAGCCCACCUCUCUAAUAAGCCCACCUUUCUAAUAAGCCCACCUUUCUAAUAAGCCCACCUCUCUCUAAUAAACAUGCCUCUCUCUAAUAAACAUGCCUCUCUCUAAUAAACAUGCCUCUCUCUAAUAAGCCCACCUCUCUAAUAAGCCCACCUCUCUAAACCUUGCUAUUCUCAAUAACAAUAACAACUGACAUUUGUUUAGUCUUUACGAGCAAGUGAACAAACUUCAGGAAUACUUGAGUUGGACCCAGAAAUCAGAAGCAUUAUCAGGAUGGUUAGAGGAUACUGAGAGAAGUCUGGAUUCUUGUGCAGUACCAAGCAGUAAUCCAGUGGAGCGAGAGAAACAAACACUGUUCCUUGGGGUAAUAUAUGCUUAUACAAACACUUUUAUCCCCGGGUUGUACGAGGCCGAAUAACACCAUACACCAGGUUGUGAAAUUGUGAAUUUUUUUUAUUUUUUCUCAUCACAGAAAUUUUUGAAAGAAUGUGGUCAGAAUCAAGAGAGUGUCGACGAUGUUCUAAGUCAUGGAAAUUUGGUUGUCAACAAGAACUUGGUUCCAGAACAACAUCUUGACAAGAUCAAAGAAGAUCUGAAGGAUUAUCGAGAAAGAUGGAAUGAAUUGUUGAAGAAGGCAGAACAUGUUCAAGAAAGGUAACGAGGGAUGAACCUGCAACCUUUUCUGUCGAUCAUAAGCACUUCCUUCACUUGUUUAUACAUACUUAGCUUGUUUAAGCUUUUUAAUCCAACAUCGGAAUGCCUUUUUGUUUAUUAGUCAUUCAGUACUGUUGUAAACAGUUUAUGUAUCCGAAUAUUCGAAUCCGGAAACUGUAGCGAAUCUGCAACCUUUCGCUCUGAUGGCAUUCAUGACAGCCUACUGACCUACCACCUAAAUGAACGAAUAUUGUUAAUAAUCAGGUCCACAGUCGCGAUACAAGAUAUUCCAAAUCCAAUUUAGUAUGUCCUCGAUAUAACAGGGAAACAGAACGUGGUCGAACAUUAACUGUUACUAUUGCCAAAUUACGGAACAGUUUGUCAUUAGAACUUAGAAGUCUCUCAAGGCACAUACAUGUGGACAUAUGUUUUUGAUGAUCAACAGUCACUACAUCAUUUUAAUGUGUAGUUCUUAUUAGUUUUUAACCUAUUUUAAUUGUAUUUUAUUCCAUUGCAUUGUAUUUUAGAUGUACAUGUACUUUACCUAAAUUGAGAAAUGAUCUGGUUCAGAAAAUGAUGCCCUUUCUUUUGUUAUUUCAGGCUAAAUAGUGGCAAGAAAGAUCUUCAAAAACUGGAAGACAAUCAGAGAGAGUAUGUAGUCAUAACUACAUGGAUAACUACAAUUGAAAAACGUUUACAAGAAUUAAAAGAUGAUACCAGCAGCGAUGAUGAAGCAUUGAAAAAACGACGUGUUAUUAUAUUGGUAAGAAAUAUAAAGAAUAAUAAAUUCUCUGCAUUAAAAUAUCAGAUUUUCUUCUUUCGACAGUAUUCUAUAUUAGCCAGUCGCUUAGAUAAAUGUUCCUAUGUCAAUAUUAAUAUAAUUUCAACUGGAAUGGUGAGAGGUUAUACCAACAUCAAUCAUAUUAUCCUAAUUUUGAUCGACAUUUUUAUCUAAACCUUUCCAAUAAACCGCAAAUUUGUCUCAAUUCACUCCAUCUUACACGUGUCCCCCCCCCCCCAAUGCAAAUUUGUUCCACGCCCUCUGAAAUUCAUCUUAAGUCGAAAUGGACCAGCUUCUCAAGGAGUUCCUGAUAUAAUUUGGCCUCGUACUGGGCUAUAAACAAAUUUGGCUAAGCUAACUUUCACUGUACGUUACCUGACAAGUUUUGAAACCUGCAAGUCUAGUUACUGUUAUGAAACCUGCAUGUCUAGUUACUGUUAUGAAACCUGCAUGUCUAGUUACUGUUAUGAAACCUGCAUGUCUAGUUACUGUUAUAACAUGGAACUCAUUCUAAUGCAUUUACACAUUAAUUUGACAUUGGUCAACACAGUAAGAGAAGUACAAGUUCCUUAUAGAAGGGUUUAUUCGAAGUCACUCAACAUUAAUCCAUGUUGUUUUUUCAACAUCCACAGCUAUAUUUUCUAAAGCGUCCAUAAAUGUCUUGCAGGAGAUUAUUGAAGAGAUCACAACCUACAGAAUUCGUCUUCGCCGACUCAUUGAUGACAAUGAAAACUUGGCAAACAAAGACACACUUUCUCCUGAAGACCGGGAUAAACUUGUACAAGAUACAAAAGAUUUGGAAAAACGGUUGGAUGGUCUCGAUGAUGAUGCCAAGAAAGAUGAAUCUAGGUACAUAUUCAUUGUAAAUUAAACAUGAUCUUUACUGGGCCUCUAGGAAGAACAGUAUACAACUGAUAGAGCUAUCCAGUAUAAAUAAAGUUAGUUUAUUUUAGGUUUCCUCCUGUAGUAACACUGGAUCAAUAAGAGAUGAUCCUUACUGGACCUCUAGGAAGAACAGUUUAGAACUGAUAGAGCUAUCCAGUUUAAAUAAAGUUAGUUUAGUUUAGGUUUCCUCCUGUAGUAACACUGGAUCAAUAAGAGAUGACACUUACUGGAUCUCUAGGAAGAACAGUUUAGAACUGAUAGAGCUAUCCAGUUUAAAUAAAGUUAGUUUAGUUUAGGUUUCCUCCUGUAGUAACACUGGAUCAAUAAGAGAUGACGCUUACUGGAUCUCUAGGAAGAACAGUAUACAACUGAUAAAGCUCUCCAGUAUAAGUAAAGUUAGUUUAGUUUAGGUUUUUCUCCUGUAGUAACACUGGAUCAACAAGAUGAUCUUUACUGCACCUCCAGGAAGAACAAUUUAGAACUAAUAGAGCUAUGCAGUAUAAAUAAAGUUAGCUAAUGUUAUGUUAAUUUGUAUUUCCAGUCUAAAUGAUCAACUGGAUACCAACACAACGAAACUAGAUGAUUGGCAGAAAAAAGCAGACGAUCUUGACAAAUGGAUUAUUACAACAACGACAGAAAUCAAAUCAUUUAAUGUUCCACCUGUCGACGAAACGGAUAAAGAAAAACAGAACAAGUAUUUGGAGGUAAGCAGAGCAAUAUUGUGAAUGAACCAGACAAUUAUGCAUGUAGUCUUGGAAAUCCGAAAAUCUCGGAGCGAAACAGAUCAAGCUGGAAUGUACUAGUGCCAGCAGUGAGUUUGAACAAAACCGCGAGUAAAUUGAGGUCUGGUGUGAGAAACGUUGCAGCAAAUUUUAUGAGACGGUUAUGGGUAAUACAGAUCACAAGUUUUAUUAUAUGCUGCCGUGAUAUAAUCUAAGAAGACAGAGUCCUUUUGAGUGUACACGAACCAAUUGUUUUAGGGACGCCUAAUCAGUAGAUAUUUAUACAAAUUUCAUGUAAUACAGUACAGUAUAUCGUUUACUGACCCCAGGAAUAAGGAUACAAUUUUAUUUCUAUGAUCGAAUAUACUAUAUCGUUAACUCUUUGAUUUUUUUUGUAAAUUUUGCGCAAUUACUAUUUUAAUCAUAUUCAAAAAUCAAUAAUUUAUGAGGAAAACACAAAGAAAAAUCAUAAGCGUGUCGUAUAUUUAUAUGUAUAGAGAUUUCCCUUGAUUUACAUAUUAUUGCAAUUUUUCGCGAUUGAAUAUUGCUAGGAGUUUGCUAAACAAAAGCAAGAGGGUGAUGAGCGUGUCAAGGAUGUUGUGUCCAGUGGACGACAGCUCGUGAGUGAAGGUGUUAUACCUUCUGACAAACGUGACAAAUUUGAGUUUGAUCUGGAGAAUAUGCCUGGAAGCUGGGACAGUGUCGUGAACAUGGCUGAUGAAUCUAAAGAUAAGUAAGUUCUUAAUCUCUUCAUGUUGUUGUCUUUAACAUAUACACACAAAGUGUAUGUUUUAAGGAAUGACACUUGCUGGACCUCUAGGGAGAACAGUUUAGAACUGAUAGAACUAUCCAGUAUAAAUAAAGUUAGUUUAGUUUAGGAUUCCUCCUGUAGUAACACUGGCUCAACAGGAGAUGAUCCUUACUGGACCUCUAGGGAAGAACAGUUUAGAACUGAUAGAGCUAUCCAGUAUAAAUAAAGUUAGUUUAGUUUAGGUUUCCCCCUGUAGUAACACUGGAUCAAUAAGAGAUGAUCCUUACUGGACCUCUAGGAAGAACAGUUUAGAACUGAUAGAGCUAUCCAGUAUAAAUAAAGUUAGUUUAGUUUAGGUUUCCUCCUGUAAUAACACUGGAUCAAUAAGAGAUUAUCCUUACUGGACCUCUAGGGAGAACAGUUUAGAACUGAUAAAGCUAUCCAGUAUAAAUAAAGUUAGUUUAGUUUAGGUUUCCUCCUGUAGUAACACUGGAUCAAUAAGAGAUGAUCCUUACUGGACCUCUAGGAAGAACAGUUUAGAACUGAUAGAGCUAUCCAGUAUAAACUAUCCAGUUUGACCUGAUUUGACACAAAAACAUCUGUAAGUUAAAUUAAAUCGGUCAAAGCUGUAAACCCCAGGAGCGAAAAUCAUGUUAACCUACAAUGUAUUACUAUCGUUGCCUUUGAACUCCAGCAUGUAAUUCUAUUUUCUAUUUAGUUUGGAAAAGGCUGACAAAACUUCUCAUGACUAUGACAUCUGGUGCAAAGAUGCUGAUGAAACGAAGGAAAUUAUUG